UUAAAACACAGUGACUUUUCUCGGCAUAUAUUGCGAUCGCCUGCUCCGUGAAUAAACAGAGAGAGAUUAUAUGUAACACGGGGUCGUAAUAAUGGUGAAAGACGAAAAAUCUACCAAUGUGUUAGUCAUAUCAAUUUGUGUAGCUAAUAUUGGUCUAGCUAUUGCUUUACUUGUCCUAGUUUUUGUGCUGGCAUUCCGAGGUGAUGGUCAUCCAUUCGACACAGCAGAGUGUUAUGAAAAGGCUGAUGGAAGCGAUUACCGCGGUUUUAUAAAUAUAACAAAAAGUGGAUUAACAUGUGCCGCAUGGACAGUUCAAACACCUCAUUAUCACUCGAGAACGCCGAAAAAUUUUCCUAACGCUGGCCUUGGAGAGCACAACUACUGUCGAAACCCUGACAGGGAUGUUGCGGUGUGGUGCUAUACGACGAAACGUGAUAUGCGAUUGGAAUACUGUGACGUUGGACUUCCUCGUAAAACUUGUAGUAAAUCUACAACACCGGUAAUCUCUUUAGUAGAGAUGCAUACUGGUACUGAAGCAACUACACAAGGAACUUCAUUAAACAAAACAGCAUCACCAAUGUCAGAAAUAAAAAAAGGUGAGUUCAUGAGGGCCAGUGUUUACAAAAGCAGUGAUUUGCAAAAUGAGUUGAAAUGUUUUGUCUCAUAG